AAUUUGAAAAGGCGGCUCCGGAGAGGGCUCUGAGCCUCGUGGGCGCUCAGAGCUGCACCGGGAGUUGUUCCCCGCUGGAUCGCUCCCCGCACACCGUCCCCAGCUCUUUGGGGCUCCUCAUGUCUCCCCCGUUCGGCGGACCGGGGCGCCGCGGGCCGAGUCCUUAGUGGGCAGGCAGAUUCGUACGUGCCCCCAUCCCCCUAGCCGAGAUGAAGCUUCCCCUCUUCCUCCCCUGGGCUUGCUGCCUCUACGGCUGCACCGUGGGCACCGGCUUCCUCUACCCGUAUCCGUCCGCAGCCCUGCAGCAGCACAACUACCCCGAGCACGGCCCCGCACCUCCGAGCAGCGGCUACGCGAAUCGCCGGAACUGGUGCCAUCAUACAGUGACAAAAAUGGUUUCCUGUCAAGUACAGAAUGGAUCAGAAACAGUAUUCCAGAGAGUGUACCAGAGCUGCCGGUGGCCAGGACCCUGUACUAACCUAGUCAGUUACAGGACCCUGAUCAGACCCACCUACAAAGUUUCUUACCGGACAGUGACGGCGCUGGACUGGAAAUGCUGCCCUGGGUUUGCUGGAAGUAACUGUGAAGAGGUGUUAUCUGCCACAUUUCUCUUCCUCUUUGGUCUACUGAAUAUGGAGAUGACAACAGGCCAGCUUUUUAUCCAAUCCCAUCGUGGGCAGCCAUGUCACCUAUGUCCAACAGGGGCAGGAACAGAGAAAGCCAUGAUGUCUCAAUUCCCCAAGACAUACAGUAUGUCAGAAUGCAUGAAUUGCACCCGACUGAACGAUAUGAACGAGAAGCUUUCUGCAUUGGAAGUGAAGAUUCUUCUUCUGGAAGCAGCUGGGAGUGUGGCAACUUCAGAAAAUGACAUUACCAAGACAACCCCAACCUGGAAUAAAGAUUUCCUACCAGAUGCCAUCCCAUUGUCUAAUCCUGGGACCAUAAAGAGGAACCCUUUAGGACCAAGAGGAUUUCCUGGACAAACAGGACCUCCAGGACCCGUGGGCCCCUCAGGGCUCCCAGGGCCACCUGGAUCAAAAGGAGAAAAGGGCCAGAUGGGUGAGAUGGGACCAAGGGGGCCCCCUGGACUCCUGGGGCCUCAAGGUCCCAGGGGACUUCCUGGAGAGACUGGACUCCCUGGGCCUCCUGGACCCCCAGGCCCUCCUGGCAGCCCUGGCAGCCCUGGCCUUCUGCCGCCAUUCCAACAAGGGGUUUUAUAUUCCCUCCAGCCUGCAGGACAGAAAGAAAAUGGCGAAUCCCAGGCAUCUUCCACCAUAAUAGACACCAUCAUGGCGGGGAUCCCUGGGCCCCAGGGUCCCCCUGGACCACCAGGACCACCUGGACCCUCUGGACCCAAUGGACCCCCAGGGCCCAUGGGAGCUCCAGGAUCCCAGGGUGAACCUGGCUCAAAAGGAAUAGAAAAAGGAAAAGAGAGUGAGGGAGUACAACAGCUCCGAGAAGCCCUGAAGAUCUUAGCGGAGAGGGUGCUAAUUCUAGAACACAUGAUUGGAAUCCAUGACCCACUAUCGUCCACAGAACCAGGUUCUGGACAAGAUGGAUCACCAGGCGGUACCUUACAGAACAAUAAGAUGAAGCGAGGAGGCUCCCUCCCACCCCAGCCAUAUGACUCCAUCUCUAACUUGCUUGACAACAUCAAGCCCAGAAAGAACAGUAGUGACAGCAGGAGCUCAAAAUAGGCUAUCUGGCAUCUCCCUGUGACAACCCGUGCACUGAUUAAAGAUACAGUAUCUGAGGACAAAGAUGCUCCAGACUGUGGCCCCUGAGCCCAGAGCAAAGGAAGCUGGGGGAGACGAGGCAGGGAUCUAGCUGUGCCCCCAGUGGAUGAGGCAUAUGGGAAGGGCAGCCUUAGUGCCAUGAUCCUGGAGGCUGCUUUGGGAGGCUCUCCAGAGGACCCAUACCAAUCAUCUUCUCUGUCUCUGUCUCUGUCUCUCUCUCUUCUUUCUCUCUGUCUCUGUCCCUCUGGCAGGAGGGUGACUCCUGAGGGAUUAGAUAAGAAUAUGUGGCUAGCUUUAUCCUUAGACAUCCCCACCCAGGGGCAGCUUUCCCAGAACCCCACUAAAACAAGAUGGUUUCCCUGUUGGUCUGGCUCUCCAUCCGGGUCUUUGGAGCAAACCAAACAGAUGCUUGCCCAGAGCAGCUUGGAAAAAGGAAGCCCGAGGCCUUUCCUAGAAAGGGUCACCCGUGCCCCUAGUCAUCAGGGCCACAGUCAUCAUGCUGCAUCUUCCCCAAAGCGCUCCCUGUUAACAACUCUGGACUAACUCCCUAGAGUCAAAGCUGGUUUUAAUGGUUCUUCCGCCUCUUCUGACUUCAAAUCCCAAUUUCUCAUUUGUCACUCCAAGUGAAAGAGGAAAAUAAAAUGCAAAUGGGAUGUGCCUUGCUGUAUAAAUAGCCAGAGAGGUUUAGAUGCUCCUGUGGCUCACCAAGCACCUAGACUGUGUAUGGCCCUGUGCAUCUACCUCCUUUGUUAGCCUCCUUUCUUGACUAAAAGUUGUAUUAAACAGCCCGGCCAGAAGUCAGACUCAUGUUGAGGUGCUCACAUUACAGGGGUCUUGGUCUGUCCCCAUUAAUCUGAUUCCUUAACUUCCAGUGUGGCAUCUCAAAGAAUAAAUUGGAAUUGCCUUAGUGCGUCUAUCCCCAAUAAAGCCUGUCUUUAGCCAAGAGACCAGCACUUUGGAGGCACAUUUAGUAGUUGGUUCAAGUUUCCAAAACAGAGUUCUUGUGUGCUCAGGAAAUAACAGCAAAUCCUCUUAGAAUACCAGUCAAGGCUUCAUCAGAACUCUCUGGGGGAGGAGCAGCAGCCAUCUGAAGUUGGUUUGGUUUUUUUCCCCAUCCCAUCCCAUGUGACAUACCUUUAACCUCAGAUGAGGUCUUUUCUAAAGCCUCUACCUGCACUCCCAAACUGGAAUGACCAUUUGUCUCUGAAGUUUGGUGGCUGCAUUCUUCCCUAAGGCAUCUCGGGAAAAGAAACCCAGAGGGUUGCAUAAAUUCACCUAUUCUAAAAACUAAAGCAUCGCAGCCCAGCUGAUGUCGCUCAUUGGACCAAUUUCGAACCAGAAAGCUGUUACCACUCAUGUGACUUCAAGUCAAUGGUGACCAACCAACAACGGAAGCUGGGAGUCCUGAGAAAGGAUGAAAAGUGAGGGGAGGCUAGAAGUGCAAACCAGAUUACUUACUCCCUAAGAUGCUAUGCUUGAGUCAUUUCAGCCUACUUAAAAUUUCAUUUAGACUUGUUCUGCGAGUGAACACAAUUCCAUGCUCCAAACCCCCUAAUUAGAGUUCAUCAGGGUGGCUUGGAUGGGCAAAAUGAGGACACAACCCCAACUCUAGGGCCAGCCUUCCCAGCCCAGAAGUCAUUUGGGAAUUGAAAGACACCGCCACCAUCUUCCCUAACUCUGUCUUGCCAAGCUCUGUGAAGAGCUUACUCCAUCUCAAACAGCAUUCCCUACUCCUAUUCCAACAAUUUCCUAAUUGCAUGGUACUGUAUCUUUAAUUUUGGUGUGAUCAGAAACCAAAAUUGGGUAGGCUUUCUCUGCACCUACCCAAUCACCAGGUCUUAGGAGAAUAGUCUCUCCAUCCAAAGAAUGUUCCGAGUUCAAAGAGAACGUUCAAGAGCAUAUUCUGGGUCUUAUCUUGCAAAGUCCCAGGGAUGACGAUUUAUAGCAGGUCCUUCAAAUCCACCUCUUUGUUGUAGGUGGGUGACUGAGAUCCCUUUUGGCUGGAUCUAUAAUUUGGGUUCAUUGUAUUUCCAUGAGGUAUUCAUUUAUGUUCUGUUUCCAUCUCUCCAAUACCGCAUCACCAUGCUGGUGCCUUCUGUGGCUUUUCAGGUUUUCCAAGAUCACCAGCAUCCUCUCUCCCUUCCUUUUAGAUGAUUUUUCAGCUUGGUUAUCUAAGGGGAAAAUGGGAAAAAGAAAGAAAAAAUAUUUUCUCAUCUUUGCAUCAAGAUUAGAACUGAGCUGGUUCCACACUGGGCUUCCCUCCAGAGCUGAACUCCAGUGAUGGAAUUCUCCAAUGCUGGUCACACUGAAAUGAAGUCUAGAACACUUGGGGAUGCCACAAGGGCAUCUUCAGAGAAAGAGCCAACUUCAUCCUGGAUGUAUCUCUCAAUGGACCAGGGAAGAAGGCUGGCUUUACUGCCUGGAAACUUCAGUCCAGAAUUAUGGCUGAUUUCUCCAUGUUUAAAUGGCAUUCGCUGAUGCUGAUUUUAUAGCCUGACAGAACAACCUCUAGGUUUCUUUGAUUAUUGUGAAGUAAAUGAAUCCCAAGUUCUAUAUAAGUCCAUGGAGCACAUUUCUAAGUAUUGAAGAAAAUGCCGGUAUUACGGUUCAGUGCUAAUGUUUAGACUUUUUCUUAUUUAUGUUGGUGUGUUCUGUAUGUGUAAGUGUCCCAACUUUCUGCAUUUUACUAUAUUCUCUAACCAUUUGUUCCUUAUCUACACAUUGCAAUUCUGUGCAGGUUUUCCCAAAGGAAAACACCAGCUGGCUUCCACUCUGUGUUUUAUUAACUCAUUUUAACUUGGUUAAAAUUGGCUGCCAGGCAAAGGAGUGGCCCCAUGGCCAGGCCACCGAUGGAUGCCAUCUCUUGGUUUUCCUGUGGUGACGUUAUGAUUCACAUUAUUGACCUCUCUCUUUCUCUUUCUUUGCUUUGGUGUUUUGAGGUUGUAGGAGACAUCUUGUACUUGGCCUUCUUACAAAGCAGUGGGACCAAUAGUGCUAAGCCCACUGAGGUCCAAGAUCUUUCAUGUAACGAACUGAGAAAUAAAUAUAUUGUACGUGAUGAAA